AUGGUGGUCUGGAGUGACAAUAAUACUAUGGAGCCCAUAUUUUUUCUGAGGGGUUUUCCUGGACUGGAGUAUGUCUAUUUGUGGCUCUCAAUACCAUUCUGUCUUGCAUACUUGGCAGCAUUUGUUGGUAAUGUUACCAUCCUCUUUGUCAUUUCGAGGGACUCUUCGCUCCACCAGCCCAUGUAUUACUUCCUUUCCAUAUUGGCAAUGUCUGACCUAGGUAUGUCCCUGUCCACACUUCCUACCAAGCUUUCUGUGUUAUGGUUGGAUGCUCGAGAGAUCCCAGCAACUGCUUGCUAUGCUCAGCUCUUCUUCAUCCACACUUUCACAUUCCUGGAGUCCUCAGUGCUACUGGCCAUGGCCUUUGACCGUUUUGUCGCCAUCUGCAUCCCACUGCACUACACCACCAUCCUCACCAACAGUGUAAUAGGCAAGAUUGGUUUGGCCUGCUUGCUAAGAAGUGUGGGAGUUGUACUGCCCACGCCUUUGCUAUUGAGACAUUGUCACUACUGCCAUGUCAAUGCCCUCUCCCAUGCAUUCUGUUUACACCAGGAUAUUCUGAAAUUAUCCUGUUCGGAUGCCAGCAUCAACAGCAUUUAUGGACUAUGUGUAGUUAUUGCCACACUGGGUGUGGAUUCAGUCUUCAUACUUCUUUCUUAUGUCCUGAUUCUGAAUGCAGCACUGGGCAUUGCAUCUAAUGAAGAGCAGGCAAAGGCACUCAACACAUGUGUAUCCCAUAUCUGCGUUGUGCUCAUCUUCUUUGUGCCAGUUAUUGGUGUGUCAAUAGUCCAUCGCUUUGGGAAGCAUCUGUCUCCCAUAGUCCACAUCCUCAUGGCUGACAUCUACCUGCUUCUUCCCCCAGUGCUUAACCCUAUUGUGUAUAGUGUCAGGACGAAGCAGAUACGUCAAGGAAUUCUCCACAAGUUUGGACUAGGGAGGAGGCUUUAA